CGGAGAUCUCGUGGGAAGAGCCGCUGCGCAGCUGUGAGAGGAGAAGAGGACGCAGGUCUUUAGAGCAGGAGUACCUCAAUAAAGGGAGCGACUAACUGCUGGGGCGCUGAAAAAGUAAAGAUGUCAUUCGCCAGUGACAAACUGUACAAUGGAUAUGUACGGCGGAAUAUGGCAAUCAUUGUUUCCAAGGUGAAACCAAGAGAAAUAAUAAUGCACCUGCCUUGCCUGACUGCUCACGACAGGGAUGUUAUUGAAGCAAAAACAGACACAAGUGGGAGUUAUAACGGCAUGAUGCUUCUUUUGGACUGCCUGAAAAGAAGAGAAAACUGGCCGGAGCAGUUCAUCGAGGCACUUGAGGCAUGUGAGCAGAAAACCAUUGCAGCUGAGAUCAGAGCAGAAUACAAUACUCUGACAGCCGUUAACAAUUCCAACCCCAGCUCCUCUCCAGCGACUGUUGUCAGGGCACAUGUCCACCCAGCACCAUCUGCCAGUUAUCUGCCCAUUCCAGAGAGUGGUGCUAACAGUGAAGCUGCUGUAGCUCUGCCAGCUGUAGCUCCUACAGUUCCUCUAGAGCCAGCUGCCCAGGCCCCGCCCCCUCCGAAUACCCCAACACUGCCACAAUCCCCCGAGAGUGCAGCAGACCCAGUUCCCAAAGCGAUUUCCUCACCUGAGCCUGUCCCUGAGGCUCCAAAGUCAACACAGAUUGAAGUGGCACAUCCUCCAUCAACACCUCCCGCUUCCCCUAAGACCACACGCAUUCGGGUGACAUCCACAGAGAGAGAUGUUAAUUUUCGCAAGGAGCCAGAGGAAAACUCUGAAUCGGAUAUCCAAAAUGUCACUGCUGAUACUGACGCUCAGGUGAGCUCAGGGAGUGGUGCAGUUUCUGUCAACUCUAAAACCACUCCCCAGCCACCACAUCCAGUUGAACACCAUGAAGAUCCUCUUAAGACCACAAUCGUCAAAAAGAGCAAGGAGCCAGAGAGUCCGCCCAAAGCUCAGAUAAACUCUGAUGGGACUGGUGGAUCCUCUGUCUACACAAAGACCCCAGAGAAGCCUCCAGUCCAGGACAGCACCCCCACAUUUAACAAAGGUCCUGCUCCUGUCCCACAGCCUGAAGAGAUUUCUGAACCUCCUGCUACACAGAUUGUUGAAACUGCAGCUGAAGACUCCCCCAGGCCUGGUGCUCCCGUGAUGAAAACCUCUCUUGAUGAUGAUGAUGUGUGUCUGAGCAAGCCGGGGCAGCUCGUCAGCAUCCAUCCGCAAACUCCAGCCAGUGCUGCUAUCCCCGCAUCGGGCUUAGAGGCGCAGCCCUACUCGGGCAACAGUGAUCGUCUGGAAAUAAGUGAGGCUGCAUCGGAUGCCGUGACCUCUGUCGGCUCCGCUGUGGAUACAGUCACACCACUGCCAUGCCAGGAGACUGGUGUCAUUAAUCUCAACCAUAAUGAACCCGAGGAAAACCAGUAUGAGUCGCCGUGUCAGAGCUUUGAAACACAGGAGGAGCUGGUGAUACAGGUAUCCGAGGAACCAUCUAUCCCUAACCUGGAUGUCAAUGGUGAAACAACCAAAGAAAUCUCCUCGGCACCUCCGUUGUUCACUAACGCUGCCGCUGAUUCUGUGUCAGGUUUAAACACCGCCCCAAAAGAGGGGGAAGAGCAAACAGACAGUUCGGCUCCUUGGACCCCUCACACCACUUUGCCAGAGUUCAUUCUGGUUGCUGCCGGAGUGGUUGUCUGUGCAAUGCUGCUGGUGUGGAGGUUUAAAAAAUAAGGGGAUUUAAUACCUGGAAUUAAAGAUUAGGCUUUAAGGCUUUUGGAAAGGAUUUUACGAGCAAGGUGCCUUACUGUAGUCACUGCCCUGGGGUGGCAUGAGGCAGCGGUUUAAUGAUUACCUACAGUAAUUACAGCUGGCUCUGCAGACCUUUGAUCAUGUCAUUAUUACCAUUCUGUUUGGCAUUUUAUGUUUUUAUUAAAUCUGCCCUUAUUAUGCUAGUUAGGACAUUUCAAAGAACUGGGUUGAGCUCUCGGGUUAUUUAUGUGACACAAAUGUGUAUUUUUUUUUUUAAAGGUAUGUAUUAAUCAUUGGUUGUAUAUUCUCUGAUAAGCUGGAGAAGGCUGUUGGCUAUCAUCCAAUGUGGGUUAAUGAAUCAAGGACCUGAAUUUUGCUUGUUGUGGACUGUGGAGGCCUGUAGUUCACAGUGUUAAUUCUCUUUCCCUAUUGAUAUUUAUUGUGAAAUUUGGCUUUAAAUGUAUUUAUUUGUGUGUGUGCGUGCGUGCGUGCAUGUGCUACAUAGGCACCUAAUUAAGAAAGACUGAUGAAAUAUAAAAAAACACUUAGCAGUCACGGGGUCUGUCAGCUAAACCUCACAUUAAAAUAUUGCUUUUAAAGCCUUGACCACUGACUUUCAGAGUUUUUUAAAAAACUAUGACUCAUUGGUAGUGACUUUUUCCCCCCAUGGUACCAAAUACCAGUUUAGUUUCUUUUGUUUGUUUUUUUGUUUUGUUUUGAGCAGGCAAGUGUUUUCUUAUCAUGAUAGGUGGAAAUUAUAUCAUUACCCGGGAGUUUAUUUGUUGUUUUCAGUGCACGUGUCUUCUGCUUUAAUGUUUCCAAAUGUGAAUUUUAGUAAAUGUAUUGUUAAAAAAAAGAUACAGCUGCACUCUAAAAAUAAUAAUUAUAUCUUGUAGCAUUGCAAGAUCACUGGCACAACUGAUUUAACAUCUAAUUUGUCAAAGGAUUUAUUUUUUCUUCUUUCAGUAAAAUCCAGUUUAGGUCUGUUCUGUGAGGUGAAAGAUUUUAUUGUAUAUAGUAUUGUCAAUGAGGAAAGGUUUAGUGUUUUUUAACUUUUUGAGAGCGCUUUUGAACAGCAGAGAUGGAGAUGCAAUUACAGUUUAUGUGUAAAUGUAAUCUCAGUCUAAAUUUGAUUAUCAGUCUAAACACUGGCUUAGCUAUGCACUUCACCUUUCAUGCC